GCUUAUUCACGCGAGACUUCUACCUAAGUAACCCGGAUUGCAUGUUUAGAAUGGUGGUCUUUCGCGCGAGCAGGCGAAGUGCAGUUGCCUGAUAAACUAGUUUCUUUCAGUUUCGUUUUGCUUCAAUAUACCCUGGAUGCCCACCAUGUCUAAACGGAGGGGUACGUCUGUUUCUGAAAACCCAAACAAACGACGAAAGUCUGCAGUGGAUGGUGAUGAAGAGGAAGGAACCGUUGCUGAUAGUGACCAGGAAGACCUUGCUUUGAAUAAACGGUUCCAGCUCGCCUGUGAUGUGGUUAGUGAUGCUGGGAUUGUGGAGAGCAUCACACUGAGAAACUUCAUGUGUCACUCGCUGCUCGGUCCGUUUGCAUUUGGUUCCAAUGUCAACUUUGUUGUUGGCAACAAUGGAAGUGGAAAGAGUGCCAUUCUGACAGCUCUCAUAGUUGCCUUGGGUGGGAACGCACAAGCUACAAACAGAGGGUCUUCCCUCAAGGGAUUUGUGAAAGAAGGAGAAAGUGCUGCGGAUGUAUCGGUCACCCUGCGUAACAAAGGAAGGGAUGCUUACAAACCUGAGGUGUAUGGCUCUGCCAUCGUUAUAGAUCUGAGGAUAACACGAGAAGGGAUGAGAACAUAUAAACUCAGAACUAAAUCAGGUCAAAUUGUUUCAACCAAAAAAGAAGAACUACUUUCCAUCUUGGACAAUUUCAAUAUUCAGGUCAACAAUCCUGUAUCAGUUCUGACUCAGGAGAUGAGCAAAUACUUUUUACACUCAAAGGGAGAGGGAGAUAAGUAUAAGUUUUUUAUGAAAGCCACCCAACUGGAACAGAUGAGAGAGGACUUUGUUUACAUCAAAACAACAAAGCAUGUUACAGAGGAUAAAGUUGGACAGCACAGUGAGUGCUUGAAGGACUUAAAGCGAAAGUACCUGGAGAAGGAGGACCGUUACAAGAGCCUGGCGUCACUUGAUGAAAUGCACAACAAACUGGAGGAAUUACAGAAACAGAUGGCUUGGGCUUUGGUGGCUGAAAUGGAGAAAGAAAUUGAACCAAUGAAAGAUAAGCUGCAGGCAGACAAACGUUCCACAGAGAAAUAUGAUGAAAAAGUGGACGAGUGGAAGAAUAAAGUUGAACAAGCAGAGAAUAAAUACAGGCAGAUUCAGGAGCAGUUGGAGGGGAUCACCCAACAAGUUCAGGAACUUCAGCCUAAAUGUGCUGAGCUGAAGGCCGAAGCCCAGAGACGGAAUAGCCUUCUGAAGUCCAGCGAGGUGACCGUCCACAGAUGCAAAGCUAGCCUCAGGGACUUGGAAAAGGACAAAGUUCAGCUGUCCUCACGGAUAAAAGACCUCAGAACAAGCAUCAGUCAGACAACAGGUGCCGAAAGCCAGGCGAGGGCAGAGCAUGUGGAGCAGAUUCAAGCCGAGUUGGAACACUUGAAACAUCAGAUCUCAACUCUUGGCCAGCAGAUUGAUCAGUAUCAACACGCCAGCAGCCGUGCCAAAGAAGAGCAAGGAAAGAUGAAGAGAGAGUAUGAAGUGCUCCAGAGGUCCAUCGAAGCCAACCGAAGGAACCUGAGAACUAUGGAGAGUAGUCGAUCAAAUCGGCUUCGACGUUUUGGAGAGAACAUGCCAGCUUUGCUCAGUGCCAUCCAGGAAGCUCACAGAAAGAGUCAGUUCAAGCACAAACCCCGAGGACCUCUUGGUUACCUUAUUAGUCUGAAAGACCCAGAGCAGGCCCUGGCUGUGGAGAUAUGCCUUAAGGGCCAGCUACAGGCAUUCACAUGUGACAACUACGAGGAUGAGAGGGUGCUGCAAGGCCUCUUGGUCAAAGCAUUUCCUACUGGCCGCAGACCUACAAUUAUUACCAGCCCUUUCCUUCAACAUGUCCAUGACACAAGGAGAAGAGGUGUGAAUCACCCAGAUUACCCCUCUGUGCUUCAAGCCUUGGAAAUUCAAGACCCUGUCGUGGCGAACUGCCUCAUUGAUCAAAGGAACAUAGAGAGCAUUUUGCUUAUUAAGGACCGCACAACGGCUCGAAGAAUUAUGCAAGGCAAAAAUCCACCUGCGAACUGCACGCAGGCCUUCUCCAAAGAAGGGGAUCAGAUCUUCAAUAACCGUAAUUACGCAGCUGAACACAGCAGAGCCAUCUAUCUCUCAGGAGAUGUUGAGGAGGAGAUAAGGCACCUAGAAAGAGAGCUGGAGAACCAGCAAGCUCAAGUAACUCGUUUCCAACAACAGAUGAGAAAGUUAGAUGAAGACAUGAAACAAAAUGAAAGUCUACUGAGAAGAGCCUACAUGGAGCAAAAGACCACAAAAAGCAAGGCCACAAAGUUGCAGCUUGAGUUGACAGACCUACAGAAUGUGGAAGAGCCUCAAUCCGAGGACCUCAAGCCUCUGGAGGAGGAGCUGCAGGAGGUCAUUGCAAAGAUUGCUUCCAACCGUGCUGAGUGCGAAGAAGCAAAGACCCAGAUGGCCAGCCUUAAGGCCGACUAUGAUAGAGCAGAGCAAGAGUACAAGCAGCACAAAGAGCAAAUCAACACUGUCGCUGAAGGGGCCGAGUCAGUCAAGGAUGAACUUAGUAAAAUUGACCAGGAAGUGAUGAAGGCCAAACAUCACAAGAAACACUAUGAUGAGAAGCGCAGUGGCCAUCUGCGCAACAUCCAGACGCUGGAGGCUGAACUAAAGAGAAAGGAGGGGGAACUGGGGGAGUCCGUGGCUAAGGCCACUAGAAUAUCUCCAGAACGUAUCGAAGUCCGCCGAUCAGCCAAGAGUCUGGACAGCGAGAUCAACCGCCUCAAGAUAAAGAUUACUACCCAACAGGAGCAGCAGGGGAACCGUGAAGAGAUAGUCAGGCAGUACCAAGAGGCAAUGGAGAACUACAAGAACAUGUCACAACAAAUGAAGAAUCUUAACAGCUUCAUCAAGAGCUUGGACAGUGUCAUGUCCCACAGACUCCAGGUUUACGCUGACCUCAGGAGGUUCCUCUCAGCCCGCUGUAAAUAUUACUUUAACAGCAUGCUGGCUCAGAGAGGUUACAGCGGGAGUAUGACCUUUGACCACAAGAAUGAAACCCUCUCUAUCUCAGUGCAGCCAGGACAAGAAAACAAGGCCGACUUGAGCGACAUGCGCUCUCUGUCUGGAGGCGAGCGCUCCUUCUCAACUGUUUGUUUUGUCCUCUCUCUUUGGGCCAUCACAGAGGCGCCAUUCCGCUGUCUUGACGAGUUUGAUGUUUACAUGGACAUGAUAAACAGGAGGAUAUCUAUGGACAUGAUGCUGAAGGUGGCGUCCGGACAGCACUACAGACAGUUCAUCUUCCUUACGCCCCAAAACAUGAGUUCUCUUCCAGAGAGCAAAAUCAUUAGCAUCCUCCGUCUCAAAGAUCCAGAUCGUGGACAGAACGACUCACAGAGACACCAAAAUGAAGACCAGUGAUAUCCUGUAGUGUCCAGUAACAUAGUGUGAUGUUAAAAGAGGUGACUUUAGGGAACACAUUUUUAUAUUGAAUGUUUCAGCAAUAUGUUCUUUACUCAAUAAGUGGACUAAAGACUCACCUAUUUUGCUUUGUAUUUUGUUAUGUAAAGGAGUUUGUUAGAUAUUUGAUACUGUUCGGUUGAAUUCCAAUAAGACAUUGUAAGCACUGGUCCGAGAGGUGUUUUUGGCCUUGGUCUACUUUAAAAAACCUCAGUGAACUGUCAACAACUUCUCCCAGAAAUGUAUUUUUGUUUAUUCCAAGAAUAAAUUCCUUUUUUCAGUUUA